AGCCAGAGCCAUGGCCAGUACAGUGGUAGCAGUUGGACUGACCAUUGCUGCUGCAGGAUUUGCAGGCCGUUAUGUUUGGCAAGCCAUGAAACAUAUGGAGCCGCAAGUAAAACAAGUUUUUCAGAGUCUACCAAAAUCUGCCUUCAGUGGUGGCUAUUAUAGAGGUGGGUUUGAACCCAAAAUGACAAAACGAGAAGCAGCAUUAAUAUUAGGCGUAAGCCCUACUGCCAAUAAAGGAAAAAUAAGAGAUGCUCAUCGACGAAUUAUGCUUUUAAACCACCCAGACAAGGGAGGAUCUCCUUAUAUAGCAGCCAAAAUCAAUGAAGCUAAAGAUUUACUAGGAGGUCAAGCUAAAAAAUGAAGUAAAUGUGUGAUGAAUUUUAAGUUCUUGUUAGUUUAUGUAUACAAGUGCUAGCUUUUUAUAAUAAAAUGCCUCAAAGCUA